AUUUUGUGACAGUUUCCCAAUGGCGCUCGGAGGAAAAAGAUAAACAAGAGAAAGAGCAAUAUUAGUGUGUGAUAAAAAGUUCAAAAAUAUUAAAUAUAACGUUGAUUAUCUCAACUUGAAUCAUUUCCUCAGCAACUUAACUAGAAAAUCUACCUUUCCUGCCAGAAACUCAGUUAAUAUUUUGUGUUUUUCAUGUGCGUGCAUUGUUUGAAGAAAAAAUGCUUCCUGCUGCAGUGAAUUUCCUUUGAACAGGGCAGUUCUUUGUGCUUUAUAUUGAGAAAAGUUUUUGAAAAACAAUUUUUAAAUGGAAAUGACAAGCUUCCGUCGUGGGAAAUGAAGGCAAUUGAGGCGAAAAUUGUUCUACUGGGAGCUCAAGGGGUCGGCAAGACUAGCCUUGUGGUUAAAUACAUAUCAAAUGUAUACUCAAAAGAUGUUGGUCCAACAAUUGGAGCCACUUUCUUCAACUGCCGCAUCAACCUUGAAGACAUCAAGGUAAAAAUGCAGAUUUGGGAUACAGCUGGCCAGGAGCGUUUUCGCUCAAUGGCUCCACUGUACUAUCGGGGCGCCAAUGCGGCUCUUCUGGUGUUUGAUCUCACCAAUUAUGCUUCGUUCGGGGCAGUAAAGGCAUGGGUUUCGGAAUUGCAGAGGAACGUACAAGAACCCAUGGUUCUCACUCUGGUAGGCAGUAAAUCUGAUCUGGAGGAGGAGAGAGCUGUGGCCAGGGAAGAAGCUGCAGUUUAUGCCACUUCAAUUGGGGGAAAUUACUUUGAGACAUCAGCUGUGACAACUCAGGGAUACCAUUGUAUAGAAAGGGUAUUCACUCAGACAGCUCUGGGACUUGUGCGACUAUCCCAGGAGGCAAAGACUCAGAUUCGCCACUACGAAAGUACAGAAUCCCUACCGAGUAUCACAGCUUCUCUAUCUCCCCUGGACUCAGCUCUGGGCGGAGGAGUGAGUCUAGCCAUUGAAUCGGCAGAGGAUACGUCCGAAGGUGGAGUAGCAUGCGAAACAGGUCGUGUAGAGAAUGUCGCCUUCAGCAUUGACCACAUUGCGCAUGGGAAUGAGGCUAAAACUGGCUGUUGCUGGUACUGAUUUUCCCUCCCCCGGCACGAAUAUACUCCCAAAACAAAAAGAAACUUUGUGAUAACGUAGGGUAAGUGUGACUUCAGCGCCUUUUGAGGCUUUCUGAAUGAAAGUCACAUAGUUCAGAAAAUUGUAGUGACAAAGCCAAACAAUUAAUUUAGAUGUCUCUCAAUGAAAAAAAAAUAUUUUAACAAAAAAACCACGUGAUUAUUUUCAUCAACGAUUUGUAGAACAAGAAGAAAAUAAAUGCAUCAGUUACCAUUCCGUGCGGAAGCCGCCUCCUCGACGUGAUUAGUAGUCAAUGGCCUUGCGAAUGGCAUCGAAACAGCGAAAUUUGUCUGGGAUGUAGAAGGGUUCAAAGACAUGAGGAAAUGGUGUAUCCCAUCCAGUGACUCGCUGAAUUGGUGCUUCCAAAUGCAAAAAGCAUUCCUCCUGAAUUGCAGCUGCCAUUUCUGCUCCAAAGCCACAAGUCAAUGGCGCUUCAUGAGCAAUAACUGCCCUUCCUGUCUUCUUCACGGACUGCAAAAGAGAGAGAGAGAAUUGAGAUCACUCCAAUAUUGUUCCUCGUUAGCAUUUAAUCACACUCCCAAGAAGAGCUGCCUAUUUAAUCGCACUACGCAUCAUUUUAUAUCACGCGAUGACAAAGUAAUAAAGAAAAAUCUGUACAAAAUGUGUAUUUUUUCAUUAAUAAACUGUGAGCUUCAGGAA